GCUGGUUCCCACCCCUGCUAGCCCGAUGGGACUUCUGGCUCCAUCCCCCCAGCCCUCGGACGGUGGCACCCCCUUGGCUGGGUCCCCAACGCUGGGCCCGGGGGAGCUCGAGAGAAGGAACCUGUUCUAGGUCGGUCUGUUGUCUCGGAGCCCGUCUAGUGUCUAGCGAUGCCAGUCAGUUAGAGUCUGUCUCUAAACUCCCUAGUAGGCAUUUGAAUAGAACUUGAAGGGGACGGAUAGGCCGGAAACGGCUCAAGGGUUUCCUCCAGGUCCGGGGGAGAGGCCCAGCUGUACCCCGCCCACAGCCCCGCCUGCAGGGCAGCUCCGAGCCCCGCACCGCCAGCGGGGCUGCGGGCGACCACUCAGCUUGGGGGAGUGGCAGUGGCCGUGGGGGCCUAGGAACCCUGACGCCCGCGGUGGGUGGCCGCGAGGCGGGGGGCACGGAGUGCGUGGUGCCCAGUUUGGCCGCCAGGAGGCGUGGCGCGAAUCCCGAGCCCGGAGUCACCCCGCGGCUGCCGCUGCCGCUCCCGCUGCAUCGCGCGCGUGUCCUUGAGCCGCGAGUGACGGUGGCUCUCGCCGCUCGAGCCCCCUCCUCCGCGGGGGGAGCCUGAUGCCGCGUUCCCGGACACGCCCGUGGAUAUGGGUGGGGCCCUGGGGCCAGCCCUGCUGCUCACCUCACUCCUCGGUGCCUGGGCAGGGCUGGGCGCGGGGCCGGGCGAGCAGGCUGUGACGGUGGCCGUAGUGUUUGGCAGCUCGGGGCCGCCCCAGGCCCAGGCCCAGACCCGGACCCGCCUCACCCCCCAGAGCUUCCUGGACCUGCCCUUGGAGAUCCAGCCACUCACCGUGGGGGUCAACAACACCAACCCCAGCAGCCUCCUCACCCAGAUCUGCGCGCUCCUGGGUGCGGCUCGCGUCCAUGGCAUCGUCUUUGAGGACAACGUGGGUACCGAGGCCGUGGCCCAGAUCCUCGACUUCAUCUCCUCCCAGACUCACGUGCCCAUCCUCAGCAUCAGUGGGGGCUCCGCUGUGGUCCUCACCCCCAAGGAGCCGGGCUCCGCCUUCCUGCAGUUGGGCGUGUCCCUGGAGCAGCAGCUGCAGGUGCUGUUCAAGGUGCUGGAGGAGUACGACUGGAGCGCGUUCGCCGUCAUCACCAGCCUGCACCCGGGCCACGCGCUCUUCCUCGAGGGCGUGCGCGCCGUCGCCGACGCCAGCUACCUGGGCUGGCGGCUGCUGGACGUGCUCACCCUGGAGCUGGGCCCCGGCGGGACGCGCGCGCACACCCAGCGCCUGCUGCGCCAGAUCGACGCCCCGGUGCUGGUGGCCUACUGCUCGCGGGAGGAGGCCGAGGUGCUGUUCGAGGAGGCGGCGCACGCCGGCCUGGUGGGGCCCGGGCACGUGUGGCUGGUGCCCAGCCUGGCUCUGGGCAGCACCGACGCGCCCCCCGCCGUCUUCCCCGUGGGCCUCAUCAGCGUGGUCACCGAGAGCUGGCGCCUCAGCCUGCGCCAGAAGGUCCGCGACGGCGUGGCCAUCCUGGCCCUCGGCGCCCACGGCUACCGGCGCCAGCACGGCGCCCUGCCCGCCCCGGCUGGGGACUGCCGCGGCCACCCCGGGCCGGUGAGCCCUGCCCGGGAGGCCUUCCACAGGCACCUACUGAACGUCACCUGGGAGGGCCGGGACUUCUCCUUCAGCCCCGGCGGGUACCUGGUCCAGCCCACCAUGGUGGUGAUCGCCCUCAACCGGCACCGCCUCUGGGAGAUGGUGGGGCGCUGGGACCACGGUGUCCUCCACAUGAAGUACCCGGUGUGGCCUCGCUACAGUGCGUCCCUGCAGCCCGUGGUGGACAGCCGGCACCUGACCGUGGCCACGCUGGAAGAGCGGCCCUUCGUCAUCGUGGAGAGCCCGGACCCUGGCACCGGCGGCUGUGUGCCCAACACCGUGCCCUGCCGAAGGCAGAGCAACCACACCUUCAGCAGCGGGGACACAGCCCCCUACACCAAGCUCUGCUGCAAGGGCUUCUGCAUCGACAUCCUCAAGAAGCUGGCCAAGGUGGUCAAGUUCUCCUACGACCUGUACCUGGUGACCAAUGGCAAGCACGGCAAGAGGGUGCGCGGCGUGUGGAAUGGCAUGAUCGGCGAGGUGUACUACAAGCGGGCGGACAUGGCCAUCGGCUCCCUCACCAUCAACGAGGAGCGCUCCGAGAUCGUGGACUUCUCGGUGCCCUUCGUGGAGACGGGCAUCAGCGUGAUGGUGGCGCGAAGCAAUGGCACCGUGUCCCCGUCGGCCUUCCUGGAGCCCUACAGCCCCUCGGUGUGGGUGAUGAUGUUCGUCAUGUGCCUCACCGUGGUGGCCCUCACUGUCUUCAUGUUCGAGUACUUCAGCCCGGUCAGCUACAACCGGGACCUCACCAGCGGCAAGAAGUCUGGGGGCCCAUCCUUCACCAUUGGCAAGUCCGUGUGGCUGCUGUGGGCACUGGUCUUCAACAACUCGGUGCCCAUCGAGAACCCCCGGGGCACCACCAGCAAGAUCAUGGUCCUGGUCUGGGCCUUCUUUGCCGUCAUCUUCCUGGCCAGCUACACCGCCAACCUGGCCGCCUUCAUGAUCCAGGAGCAGUACAUCGACACUGUGUCCGGCCUCAGUGAUAAGAAGUUUCAGCGGCCUCAGGAUCAGUACCCACCCUUUCGCUUCGGCACGGUGCCCAACGGCAGUACGGAGCGCAAUAUUCGCAGCAACUACCGGGACAUGCACACCCACAUGGUCAAGUUCAACCAGCGCUCCGUGGAGGACGCGCUCACCAGCCUCAAGAUGGGGAAGCUGGACGCCUUCAUCUAUGACGCCGCUGUCCUCAACUACAUGGCAGGCAAGGAUGAGGGCUGCAAGCUGGUCACCAUUGGCUCCGGCAAGGUCUUUGCCACCACCGGCUACGGCAUCGCCAUGCAGAAGGAGUCCCACUGGAAGCGAGCCAUCGACCUGGCGCUCCUGCAGUUCCUGGGGGAUGGGGAGACCCAGAAGCUGGAGACGGUGUGGCUCUCGGGGAUCUGCCAGAACGAGAAGAACGAGGUGAUGAGCAGCAAGCUGGACAUCGACAACAUGGCGGGCGUCUUCUACAUGCUGCUCGUGGCCAUGGGGCUGGCCUUGCUGGUCUUCGCGUGGGAGCACCUGGUCUACUGGAAGCUGCGCCACUCGGUGCCCAGCACGUCCCGGCUGGACCUCCUGCUGGCCUUCAGCAGGGGCAUCUACAGCUGCUUCGGCGGGGUGCAGAGCCCGGCCAGCCCCGCGCGGCCGCCCAGCCCCGACCCCUCGGCCAGCUCCGCGCAGGCCAGCGUGCUCAAGAUGCUGCAGGCGGCGCGCGACAUGGUGACCUCGGCCGGCGUGAGUAGCUCCCUGGACCGCGCCACGCGCACCAUUGAGAAAUGGGGCAGCCGCCGCGCGCCCCUGACGCCCGCCGGCCCGGGCCCUCGGCCGCCCACCCCCCGCCGGCCCCCCGACCCGGGCUCCAGAGGCAGCGGCCGUGCCGCGCUGGGGCGCAGGACCCCGCAGCUGCCGGGCCGCCCCCCGACGCCAAGGCCGCCCCUGCCCAGCGGCUCCCGGGUGUGCAGCCGGCCCGCCUGGGAGGUGCGGUGGCCGGUGCGGACCCGGCGCUGCGGGCGGCACCUCGCGGCCUCCGAGCGGCGAGCGCUCCCGGAGCGCCCCCUGUCGCCCGAGCGCUGCCGCUACAGCUCCUUCCCCCGAGUCGACCGGUCGGGACGGCCCUUCCUCCCGCUCUUCCCGGAUUCCCCGGAGCCGGAGGAUCUGCCGCUGCUCGGGCCGGAGCAGCUGGCCCGGAGGGAGGCCCUGCUGCACGCCGCCUGGGCCCGGGGCCCGCGCGCGCGCCACGCUUCCCUGCCCAGCGCGGUCGGCGAGGCCCUCGCCCGGCCCAGCGCUCUGUCCGCCCCGUGCGGCCGCCCGGCCUGCGGGCGCUUGGCGCAGGCGCAGUCCCUGUGGCUGCCGUCCUACAGGGAGGCCUGUCAGGACCGCGCGUGGGCAGGGGUCCCCGCCUGGCCCCACAGACAGCACGCCUGCCUCUGCGCCCAUGCCCACCUGCCGCUCUGCUGGAGGGCUGUCUGCCCUCACCUCCCGCCCUGUGCCAGCCGUGGCCCCUGGCUCGCUGGGGCCGGGGGGCCUCCGGGGCACAGGAGCAGGACCCUGGGGCUGAGGACAGGCUACAGGGACAGUGGGGGGCCGGGAGAGGUCAGCAGGGCGGCCUGUGGGACGCAGGGCUUCCUGGGACCUUGCACCUGGAGGCGCAUUAACAGCUUGGAGUCGGAAGUGUGAGGUGUCGCCUGCUCUGGCACCUGGUCAGCUGGGUCCUCCACGGGGCGCUGCCAGCGUUAGGGGCGGGCAGGCGGGGGCUUUUCUGACUUUUGCCAUGAAAUCCUGGCCAUGGAGCCCAGUGACAGUGUCCUCUGUGCUCAGUUGAGUGACCUCAGCAGCUCGGGUCCUAGUGUGGGCUCGGUUCUUGCUGUCCCCUCAUCGUGCCCAAACCUUCCCAGGACCUGGAGUCAGGGAGCAGCAGGGGGUCUCCCUUCCUGCUGUCAGCCAGUCCUGGUCCUGGCUGGGGGGCAGGAGGGGGGUUGGUGUGGGAGCACGGAGGCUGGAACUCGGGGCUGGAGCAGGGCGGCUCCGCCCCUUUGCUCCGCUGGCUGG